AUGCCAACACCAGCAACACGAGAAGAAGAAAACAAGGAUACACAUUACUGCUCUAAGUUUCAAGUAGCUAACUGUAUUGUGAAAGCAAUAGGAGACUACUACAACCACACAAAGCUAGUUGUUAACUGUGAUUGUCCAUUGCCGUGUAAAUAUACACAUUAUGACGUGUCUUUGACGUCAUCACUAUUUCCAUCGGAUUUCUACAGUAAGAAGAUCUUUGAUGUAAUUGGAGCAGAAGAUUUGGACUACUACAGACAAAACUACAUCGCCCUCCAUAUCUAUUUUGACCAGCUCUCUACAACAAUUUCAAAGCAGGUACCAAAGUAUUCCUCUGCCGGAGAUAUAUUUGCUAACCUUGGUGGACAAAUGGGAUUGUUUCUUGGCGCCAGUAUUGUUACCCUUACAGAACUUUGCGAGUUCCUGAUAUUUGCUUUCUGGACGUUCAUGAACAACCUAAAAAAGAGAGGAACCAGAGUGCAAAAAAUAGCUAUUAAAUAAAGAUGGUUUCAGAUGACAAUCUGAAAAUUUUUGCUAUGCAGUCAACUGUACGAAAGGUGACAAACAAGUGCCGAUAUUAAUACAACUUUCAAUAGAUAUGAAAUUAAUGAUGAGCAGCCAAUUAUCGAUCCUUUUCAUUUUUUGGUGUAAUUAUUGCAGAAAAGUUGACAUUUCCCGAAAAGAACUGUUUGUUAGAGUUUCAGAAAAACUUUAAUAUAGGUUAUCCAAAUACUCGACCAUUGAUAUCAACAAAUUAUAUUCCAAACUAUUGCAAUAUUGGUGAGUUUCUGUGCAACAUUAAUUCAAUUUUUAUAAAG